AUGCUGUUAAGACUGCGAAAAAUCGCAUCGGCUAACUCUGUGCCACUAGCCGCGGUAAUACAGAGGAUGCAAGCGUUAUCCGGAAUGAUUGGGCGUGACUUACCCGAGCUCAAGAUAUUGAACCUUUUUUCUAAUCAACUUUCCGGUCCCAUUCCUAGUGAGUUGGGGAAUUUGAAAAACCUCACCAAAUUGGAAUUGUCUCAUAAUCAGCUUAGUGGUUCAAUUCCAAUUACUCUAGGUGACUUAACUGAGCUCAAUAGACUGUCCCUUCAGUUUAACCAAUUUUCUGGUCCCAUUCCAAGUGAGUUGGGGAAUUUCAAAUACCUCACCGGUUUGGCAUUGUCUCAUAAUCAGUUUAGUGGUUCAAUUCCAAUUACUCUCGGUGACUUAACCGAGCUCAAGCUAUUGUACCUUUAUUCUAAUCAACUUUCUGGUCCCAUUCCUAGUGAAUUCGGAAAAUGCAACAAAUUGACUGAUUUGAAAAUAGCGAGAAAUAGAAUUGGAGGUAGCAUACUACCAGAGAUUGGAAAUGUCAAAGGGCUUCUAGGACUUGAUCUUUCAUCGAAUCAUUUGAUCGGGCCGAUUCCAAAGGAAUUUGGAAAAUUAACCUCUCUGAUUAGGCUUUUGGUGCAAAACAACAGUAUUUCAGUCAAUAUACCUGUCGAAGUUGUAUCACUGGCAAAAUUAGAGUCCCUCGAUCUAUCUGAUAACAGAUUGAAUGGAUCGAUCCCGACAU